AUGACUGUCACGGGCAUUCACAAGUUCUACGAACCUGCCGUUCUUCUCAACGCCCUCAACUUUACCGAGAGGGAGGCAGCUCCGCCUGGGGACUUUGACGCAACAAUUGACACAACGGAUCCGCGGCAGCUUUUCCAAGCCUUUGUCUACAAGCUGGGACACGUUUGUGACAGCCAGAAAGGCAACUAUGGGGCAACCAUCACUUCGUUCUGCGUCUUGAAGGAUGAAGAGAAGGACGGUGCUGCUCACUACUGGUUCGCCUCCAACCAGAGAACUCCCGAUGAGCUGGAGGCUACGGCUGAGUACAUGAGGGAGCUUCUUGGCAAAGUUGGGGAUCCCGAUGAAGAUCUCGCCAGCCUCAAGAGGGAACUUCUUUCCGAUGUCCUAUGGUUCAAUCGACCAAGGCUUGAGUACUGCUUUCGUCAAAUAUCCGACAGGGCAACCAAGUGUCGAGACUCUUGCCUAGACACGAACGACGACGAAGACACGAGGCUUGCAACUAAGCUGUUGGAGCUCCUCAAAUUUAUCGACUUUGAAACCUCUAGAACAACCUCUAGGCACCACUUUGUGCAUCUAGGCGCUAGGGCCAUUAAGCUACUUGAACAGCUCUGCCGCUCAUCAGAAGGCAAGAUAAUGGCAGAGCGAGCCCGAGAAGGCCGCAAGUUUGGAGUCCCAAGCCAAGAAUGCUGGUCUGACCUACAACACAUGAUCAACCGCACGACUGCGUACUCCGAGUCGGUGCGGUUCAUUCUGGCUGCAAAGGUCAGAUGGCCUGGGCUAUUUGACAAGUUCAAAGUGUCAUUUAUCGAGUCGAGUCAGCGGAUGGAGGCGCCCUUUCGCAACAAGAGCCAGACUGCCGACGGCAUCGUCGGGAGGAUGACUAGGAAGCAGAAGAUGAUUGACACCUUUAGGGCGUUUGCACGCGACCUGCAGAAGUUCAAACUGGACGACCUCAUCAUGGGGGUUUGGAAGGAUCCCAAUUUCCGGCCCAUUGUGCAUACCGAGGUGCUGCUUCUCGAUCAUCUUGACAAGAAGGGUCUCCUAGAGCCGCGAUUCUUCUUCAACGAGUGGAUGUACAUUGGCAGCAGCAAGCCGACCUGCAAGCUGUGCCAUCACUAUUUCACACUUCACCACGUCCCAAAUGUGGGACAUCGACCCUCACACGGAAACCUGUACCUGCACUGGCGCUUCCCCGACGUGCUCAAGUCCCAAGGCGAGAUGGGUAUCCAAAAGAGACAGAUAAUGGUCGACAGGGUGCUGCAAAAAGUUCGAAAGGAAGCAUUCGAUAUCGUUUCCAGGAAGGGGACGUCAAGUUACAAGGGCGAUGACUCGUUCACGUACUCUGCUGCGAUGCCCGAGAGGUCGACUGUUGCGGGCUCGGCUGUUGACCUUGAGGACUUGACUUCUAUGAUUGGGCAUAUGGACUUGACAUACCCGUCAACCUCAUCGACACCCCUCGAACUGCAGCAGAGGCUAGGAGGGCUCUGGACCCUUCUAAUCACGACCGCUGUCGGGUUAGUCGAUGCCCAGCCCACCAUCAUCUCAAUCUUGCAGAAGAUACGCACCUUGCCAUGGGAGGAGGAACCCACUGGCGAAGGAGAAGGGUUCAUGGACUUUGACGAUGGCUUCUUUUGGCGGGAGCUUACAGACUGGGCCAGCAGCUGGGCCGAUGACUAUAACCACUACGGGGCACAAUACCUGAUCGAAAAGUCUGACGGCAAAGAGCGUGAAAGGCGUCAAGGAGAGUGGAUAAGUUCCAACAUAUUCGCCGCUCGGCUCGCUUCAACCGGCGACAGGAUGAUCGCCUUAUGCGGCGCAGCCCUCGACACGGCUGGAUCCAUCGCGAUGAGGGAUCUCGAAAAGAAGGACCACGAGACUGAUCCUACAUGCAUCGAAGCAGCCGCUCAGCUCUUUAUAUACGCGGCACCUGAGCUGUUUUGCCUCGUGAGAGCUGACCCCAACGCUAAAGACAUACACAGCAAGUGGAGCCAACAUGAACGUCGGCUUUUGGCUAAGGAGAAAGACCCUUUGGGGGACGAAUGGAAAGCUUGGAGGGAGAAAUGGGCUCGUCUGGCAGAGAUGGAAAGUCUUCCAAAGAGGACUCGAGAGGUUUCCCGGAUGGCUUUGGAAGCGAUGGAUCGGGUCAAGAAGUAA